GAUAAAAAAUUUUGUAUUGAAAAUUCGUACGGCGCUCAAGUUCGCUUUUAAGCCACGGUUAAAAUGCUAUGCAUUGCACAUUUGACUUUUAAGCCUUGCGAACGUGCGCCUUUUGCCAUUUUUGUAUCUUUUUGUAUCUUCUGCUGCUCUUUUUGAAAUGUUAAUAAAUUUUUUUUUUUUUGUGUGUUAAAUUUCAAUUAAGUGGCAGCAACAAUAGCAAGAAAAUUCGUAUACGUAACGUUUUUAACAAUUUCAUUUAAAGUAGAUAAUGUGAAAAGAAAUAAUAUCGUAAAAGAGAAAGGAGGCGAGAAAAAAACUGCCAUAGAAAUUAAAAAUUCAUCCGUGGCUUAAAUAAAAUAUAAAAAGUACAAAAAAACACACAAAACAUAAAAAAAUAAAAACAAAAACAAAAACAAACAAUAACAAACAAACAACAAACGUAGCAGACAGCAAACAACAACAACAACAAGCGACAGCAAUGAAUUCAACACAAUUGUGUAGUACAGUUUCACACUAUAUACCAACGCCCGUUCACACAUUAUCCAGCACAACAGCAACGACAAUAGGUGCAACCGGAGUAGGAGCAACAACCAUGGGCUUGUGCUCAAAUCAAUUACCGCCAACAACAAAUAUAUCCAAUGCGACUACCACAGCGACAGCAUCAGCAGCUCUUGGUUACAUUAAUGGCAUAUUGUAUAUGGAACAUGAUGCUACUAAUGCCACUAAUACAACAAAACCUCCAGCACAACAUCCAAAUCCAAAUUCACAUUCACUUAUACAACAGCAGCAACAACAGCAGCAUCAACAGCAACAACAACAACAGCAUCUACAACAACACCAACGACAGCGACAACUUAAGCCACCUAACAUGGACAGCAACAAUAUGGUUCAUGCUGAGUAUAAAAAUGACGUCGAUCAUAAAAAGGUUAGCGUUGACUAUGACGAUGACAAUAUUGAUAAUGUCGACCAUGAAGAUGAGACCGAUUCGUUUGCGUCGAUGGAAACACUUUCCGACAAUGUAGCAAUUUGGGUUGAUGGCGAAAAGCAUUGGAUAUCUGGUGUUGAUUCAAAUACAACAUGUGCGGAUUUGAUAUGUGCGUUGCUCAGUUAUCAAGACGGUCAACAGAUGUUUGCAAGCGAUGCCCAGCCAAUUGAUGAAAGUGCUAACAAAAAUAUCAACAAUAGCAACAAUAACAGUAAAAGUAACAGCAGCAACAACAACAACAACAACAACAACAAUAGUGAUACUGCCGGUAACAAUAGCAGCAAUAAUCCCAUCAAUCAAUCAAAUACAAAUACCAAAGAAGAUAUAAGCAAAAAUACGCAAACAAAUACAACAAAUACAACAAAUACAACGAAUACAUUAAAUACAACAGCCAAGGAUAUGAAUAUGAGUGCCGCUCCAGGCGUUAACCAGUCGUUAAACGACUACGUCAUUGUGAAGCAACAUCGACACUGUGAGGAAUAUUUGGACGGAAGUACAAAAGUUUUUGAUGUGCUGCCAACUCGAGACAUAACCGACAGGAAAGAGUGCGAACUUACAUUGCGGCGCUUGGCUGCAUCACCUCUAAUCACAACGCAAGUCGCCUCCUUGCUUUCGACCGAUAAGGAUAGUGGCAUAGCGGCAAGUCCGGUGGGUAGCGCGCGAAGUGCACGUUUUCGACGUCGUAAACAUAAAUCGUCCAAUUGGUUGGCACAGAGCAAUACUUUACAUCCGAAACUAGCACAACGAGGCAAUUACACAAACGAACGUCUGCUAAAAAUUAUACUUGCCCAGGAUGAAACCAUACAUCGUCAGUUGUCACUGUUAAGAGAGAAGGAACGACAAAUAUCUAAAAUCGAAGAGGAGAAACAUCGUGUGAGAGAACGGGAACUGGGUAAAAAUUAUCUACUUGAAACAUAUUUAAAUGGACUCGAUGAAGCUGAAGUUGAACCAGAUUUAUGUGAUGGAGUAGAAAUUUUUAUAGAUAGAUUAUUUGCAAGGAAGAAAUUGCAACCACAGCUGGGUUUAUUCUACCCUUUUACACAGCAAGUAAGCUGCGAUCAUCCACAUGAUACAUUAAUUGCUUACAAUAAAGGAAAUAUAGCCACAGUUUUUGAUGCCGAAUUCCUUUAUGGUUCAUCUUUGUUAGCUUUUAUUGUUCAAUCACCAAUUGCUUAG